AUGGCGUGUGCUUUCCUGAAGACCGCGAACACGACCUUUCCAGGUUACGACAUAAUCGACAACCAAAUCAACACUUUGAAAGAACGUCUCAACGACACAAUUACAAGUGAAGAUGCAGCCAAACGACUCGCAUCGCACCCGGAAGCGUCGUCUACACCUGUGGAACUACAACAAAGACUGAGUGGACUCUGGGCGCUGCUGAACGAGACUGCCGUCAAAGACGAGGCUGCACAACCGAAAAUAAUCUCCAUUCUGCAGGCGAUACGCCAGUUACCGAAAGCUAAAGUUCCUACGGGUGAAGGGGAAGAUGUCAUGGACUUUGAUGACGGCUACUACUGGCGAGAGCUUACGGGCUGGGCCAACGACUGGGCAGAUGCAUUCAACGCCCACGCCUCAAGCUACCUGAUCGAUCAUCCUGACGAUGAUCAACGAAAGGCGGCCUGGACGAAUGGGUGUGCAUACACAGCACGUCUUGCUGUGACUGGUGAUGAAUCUCUCUCUUCAUACGGAGCGGGCUUGGAUCGUGCUACGAGCGCCAUUUCCGAGGUCUUGGAGGUGGAUACCAGUGGGGAGGAGCCAAAGGGUCUUGAGGCGGCAGCGCAGUUGUUCAACCAUGCGAGCCCUGAAUUGUAUCGCCGAUGCAGAGACGGUCCCGCGGAGGGCAUGUUAACGAACAGGGACAGCACAUGGAAGGGACAGGAUGGGUACUCUGAUGCUCGGUGGAGAUUUUGGUUCGAGAGAUGGACUGCCGUCGCCGAAAAAGAUGGUUUUUCGCAGCGUGCUCGUGAAUUAGCGAUGCAAGCUUGGAACGCUAUGAAGGUUGCUGAGUCCGGAUGGUUACAAUACACUUGUACGACUCGAACUGUUCGGUGA